AUGGGAUCAGAUUACUUUGAAGAUUCCGAAUGGAUGAGGGGUCGGUAUCUGGUCAUGAACAAGCUGGGAGAAGGUGGCUUCGGAAAGGUUAGGAUGGCCUUACAUACAGCAACAAAUGAUUCGGUGGCUAUAAAGGAAAUGAGCAAGGAAAAGCUUGGUGUACGUUGGUGUCUUCAUGUUGCAGUUUCUUUCAGCCCGACAUUGUUCAUAUAAGGCAGGAAGUGGAGGCCAUGAAGAACCUUACUCAUCAGAAUAUUUGCCGGUUGCUUCAGUUCGUUGAGACAAAAACACAUUUUUACCUUGUAUUAGAGGUUAGUUUUCGAUUCCUUUCUUUAUUGCUUUUUAGCAUUGCAAUGGCGGGGAAAUGUUCGAUUAUAUAGUACAAAGAAACAAAUUGACGGAACCUGAAGCACGACAUUUCUUCAGGCAGCUUGUACAGGCGAUUUCAUUUUGUCACUCCCAAGGUUACGCUCACAGAGAUUUAAAGCCGGUUAGUUUUUUUAUUUAAAAUAAUAUGGUUUAGGAGAACUUGUUGUUGAAAGAUGAUCUUAGGUUAAAGGUUAUUGAUUUUGGCUUAAGCUCAAGAACUGGAAGACUGUUGUCUACAUACUGUGGGUCUUUGGCGUAUGCUGCUCCAGAAGUUCUGGCUGUAAGUUUUGUCUGAAUUAGUUGUAUUUUGAGAUUCAGAAUCGGCCAUAUGAUGGCAAGGCGUCCGAUAUCUGGUCAAUGGGAGUUCUGCUUUAUAUUUUGAUCACUGGAUGUUCUCCUUUCCAAUUAGAUAAUCAUGAAGCAGUAGUUAGAAAUAUAAAAGUAAGUAGCUUUUAUUUUUUAUUUUCUUUUAGUCCGGGGUUUUUAAAAUCCCGUCUUUUGUUACUCCUCAAUGCGCGGAUCUGUUGCGGAGGAUGAUGACUGUUAAUCCGUCGGCUCGAAUAACAAUGCCGGAGGUUUUAGUCCACCCAUGGAUCAAACAAGGGUAUACACAUGGACUUAAGACAAACUCAAUUUACAAUGUAAGUAACCUUUGCCUCGUGUCUAUUUUGUUUAGAAGGAUGUUGUUGAUGAAGAUAUUAUUCGAGAAUUAGCUAAUUUCGAAGACGUUUCCGUUGAGAAAAUGUCAGAACAUAUAAAAAAGGUAGGAAGUAUACGAAGAUGUAUCAGUUUUUAGUGGAAAUAUGAUUAUAUGACUGCCACAUAUCUUUUAUUGCUACAGCGAAAAGAACGGAAGGAGAGCAUUAGUCUUCCUAGUUAUAAAGUAAGUUGUAAUUUUUAAUAUUAUUUGUGAAAUAGAAGAAAUCUACGAAUGUUGUCAAUUCGCCCACAAUUCACGCGUCUUUGGAUUCUGGUCUGGACGCCAAACCUACUGCUUCUGAUGAAGAACCAUUCAAUAGGUCUCCGUUGAACAUCGACAGAAAUUGUGGAAGUAAUAAGGAGAACAUUCCCGGUUCCUUUGACAAGUAUUAUCCAUCUACAACGCCAAAACGACCACCGAAGCCUCCACCAUUUGUGACUCCGAAGAGAACAGGUAGUCUUCCCAGAAGAUGCAGAGAUCCUAUGACUCCAACCAGUGAGAGAUCGGUCAGUCCAUGUCAGUCGCCCAAGUCACAUCGGGAACCCAGGUCAAGUGCAAAGUCACCGAGACUCGGUAGAAGGUUGUUUGCAUCGUUGGAAAGAAUGAAAGCCCCUCGAGUUUUCGAUAUGAUUACACCGAGAAGGAAUCAGCCGGAUCGUCUCAAGACUUGCACCGUAAGUCGUAAUCUCUGCAACUUUUUUCUGAGAUUUCCACAGAUCUUAAGUAUCUCGUUUAGAAUUAUGCGAAUGUUUCCGUUACAUAUUCGGACGAUCCUCAGCCAAUACGGGAUCGCCUGGCCGAAGUUUUGCAACAACUGAAUCUGAAGGUAAAGACAAGUGGAUGGAAAGUAUCAGGAACCGAUGAUCAACGAGGAGUGACCGUGGAAAUGGAAGUAGUUUGGAUCGAGGAGAUGAAGAAGAUUGGAGUCAAGAGGAAACGAUUAACUGGAGAUGCCUUUGUUUACAAGAAAGUUUGUGAAGAAGUGCUCAAGAUGGCCAAACUUGCUGAUCCAGUCCAGGUCCCCAAAAUUGUACAAUCAGUUGUUUGA